CCUUGUCACGGCUCAUUGUUUUGAUUUUUGGUGCGCGCUUGUUGUGAAUCGCCAAUCUGUGUAAUGAAAGACAAACUAAUGACUUUAUUUAUUUUGUGUUGUUUUUAAUUUUUUUUCAUAUAACGUUAGACACUGCCACAUAUAUCCUGGCAUUUAUUUAGUGUCCUGUGUGGCACCGAAUGCUUUAAAGGCACUUAGACUGCAUGUAAUAUAGACUACAUACUAAAAGUCCACAUAACUGUAUUUAGAGAAUCAUGGACCCCAAUGCACUACUGUCCAGUAAUGUUUGUCAGACACAUAUGAAAUGGGUUAAUGGAUUUACUGAGAUGUCGCCCAUCUGUUUACCCAGUAAACGUAAACGAAAUGAUGUGAAUAAUGUAAAUGGAAACGAAGAAGAGGGUCCAAAGGGUUUUCCCUCCAAAGAGAGCUUGAGGAAGCGUGGUUUUGUCUUGAUUGAUGGCCAGAGAGGUGUUUACUACUCCGAGAGCUGGGAGCCCAAUGGAAGCACUUUAUACCUUCCUGUAAAUGGCACUUUGUUAGCUAACAUUGAAAAAUAUGACCAGAUCAGCUUUGAGCAGGGAUGCUUCUGCAUUGGCAAUGCAGCUGGUGGAUUUCAACAGAAAGUCCAAGGUCAAGCGAUCCAUUGCUGGCGAUAUAGUGAACGUGAGCGAAAGCUUUUCAUUGCACUGUCUUACUUGUUCACAAACUUGCAAGUGUUCCAGGACGUUGUCAGUGCUCUUGAUUGUCUCUGAGGAUUCUGGGUACACAGAGUUGGCCUGUGUUAUCUAAACUAAAAAGCACAGACAAAUCCUAUGUUAUUUAGAACAACCUAGAUAUUUCUCUUCCUUGUUACAAUGUCUUUUUAACAUGAUUUUACAUAUAGUGAUAUCAAUUGAAAUAUGUGCCUUUAUGACAGUAUAUUUUUGUUCUGUUCUGUUCUGUUCGCUGUUCUUGUAUCAUUGUCAACAGUAAAAGAUAUCAGUCAUGUUUGAUAUCUAACAAAGCACAUUAAGUUAGUUUUGCAACAUCAUUGUUUCACUAAUAUGAAUACUGAUUUGUUUUUCAUGAUAAACAGUUAUAAGCGAUCCUGCAGCCUCAGUUAUUGCUGUGAACCAAAGCAUGACAUGAAAAUGUGACACUUGUAAAGCUUCUGAUUUUGUGCACAGUAUUUGUACUCUAAGAAUGUUUGUACUGCUAUAGUACAUUGCUGUUGUAUGUGUUUUAGUUUUGGUGACUUCUUAUAUUUUUUACAAUAAAAAGUAGGACUAAGAAAUAGAAA